AUGGAUUCAUCCAUGGCUGUCGCAGCCUCUUCCGCCAUGGUUCCCCUGAUCAUCAACGGCCGAGAGGAAAGCGGCUCGCACAUGUUCGAAGUCAAGAGCCCUGUCACCGGCAAGGCUUGCUGGACAGCGGCAUCUGCUACGCUUUCCGAUGCAACGAGGGCUAUUGAGACAGCGGAGGCAGCAUUCUCAGCCUGGGCUUGUACCAAACCUGCUGCCAGACGCGAUAUCCUAUAUAAAACGGCCGACAUCCUUGAGAGCCGUCGGAGAGAAUACGCAAACUAUAUGCAUACCGAGACAGGUGCCGAUGCUGAGGCCACCCAGCAUUUUAUCUUUGCUCUUGCGACUCGUAUGCUGAGGGAUAUUGCAGGUCGCAUAACUUCGAUCUGUGGGAGUGUGCCAGUGGUUGAAGGAGAAGGUCAGAGUGCGAUUGCCUUCAAGCCCAUGGGUGUCAUACUAGGGAUUGUACCCUGGACUGCCCCUUAUAUAUCCGGAAUUCGUGCGGUAGCCUGCGCUCUCGCAUCCGGAAAUACAGCUGUCGUUUUGUCCUCAAAAUUGCCUCCACGCUGCUAUUGGGCCAUUGGUCGAGCCUUUCUGGAUGCCGGUCUGCCGAAUGGAUGCCUGAAUGUUAUAUCUACCUGCGAAGAGGAUAUGCCUCAGAUUAUAAAUGCCAUGAUUGAGCAUCCGGCGGUCCGGAAGGUCAAUUUCACUGGGUGUAUGGAUAAGGGAAGACAGAUUGCUGCCACUUGCGGCAAGAACCUCAAGCCAUCGUUGAUAGACCUUACAGGGAAGAAUUAUGCCAUUGUUUGUGCGGAUGCUGAUGUCGCUGUUGCUGUCAACGGAGUGCUGGCUGGAGCUAUGUUGAACUCCUAUCGAGUCGGCAUGUCAACUGAUCGUAUACUUGUCAAUGCUACUAUUGUUGGAGAAUUUAUGGAAGCUCUAAAAUGUACUCUUAGCAUGGCGGAUUCAGAAGUUCUACGGCCCAUAAUUGUCAAUGCAGCUAUGAAGACUCGCGUGGAGAGCAUGAUCUCAAGCGCCCUGAAGUGUGGAGCAAAUUUACUCCAUGGAAAGCUUGACUCAGAAUCAAGUCAUGACGGCGUCCUUAGUCUUGGACCGUUCGUGCUCGGCAAUGCUAGGCCAGAUAUGGAUAUCUGGAAUGAGGAGGAAUAUACCUCAAUGACGGCUUGUAUGAUUGUCAAGAGUGAUGAAGAAGCCGUUAACAUCGCCAAUAGUGCGGGAUACGGGAGCUCUGCUUCCGUAUUCACGAAAGACCUUCGUAAAGGUCUUGCAAUAUCCAAGCAGCUGGAGUUUGGUGCUGUUCAUAUAAACGGUAUGAAUAUGCAUGAUGAACCGGUUCUUCCAUAUGGUGGAAUUAAGAACUCCGGUUGGGGACGGUUCAGUGCAGAGGAAGGAUUGAAUGAGUACCUUGUGAUCAAGUCUGUGACUUGGAUGGAGUGA